AUGCUUGCAUUGCUCAAUGCAUGCGGUACCACCGCCACGACAUAUCCAUUCACUGUCUAUCGAGGCACAUUCAUACAUCUCCCUCUUUUGAACUCCAGUUCGGACAAACCGGAGCUUGAUCGCAAUCAAGGUGUACUUUGGGUCUCUUCUGCAGAUGGACGUAUCAAGGGAUACGACUGGACUGUGAAGGACGAUGCCAGCUUCCAAUCGUUUCUGUCUAGCCAUGGCUGGGCUGAUGCCAAUGGUACCACUCGUAGCAGGGGAACUAAGGUCCAGGUUGUCAAGUCCAACGAUGCACGGAACGAAUUCUUCUUCCCUGGUUUCAUUGAUACCCAUAUCCACGCACCGCAGUUCCCCAACAUUGGCCUGUUCGGAUCCUCUGGCCUACUGGACUGGCUGAACGAAUAUACCUAUCCUACCGAGGCAAGCUUUGGUUCUAAGUCUGAUCCGAAGAACCAACAGACAGACCCCAAAGAUACACCUCCAGAAGGACUGCGCGUUUACGACGAGGUUGUUGCUCGCACUCUCGCCCACGGUACAACCUGCGCAUCCUACUUUGCUACAAUCCACGUCCCAGCUACCAACGCCCUCGCCUCGAUCUGCCACUCUCACGGCCAACGCGCCUUCAUCGGCCGUGUCUGCAUGGACAACAAAGAUAUAUGCCCAAGCUACUACGUUGACCAAUCCGCCGAGCAAGGUCUUAACGCAACAAAGUCCACAAUCGAAUAUAUCCAGACCCUUGACCCCAACGGCACACUCAUUAACCCAAUCAUUACCCCCCGAUUCGCACCCAGCUGCAGCAACGCCUCCCUCGAUGGCCUCGGCAAACUCGCUGCAUCUUAUAAUCCACCCCUGCACAUCCAAACGCACAUUGCCGAGACCCUAGACGAAAUAGCCCUCGUCCAACAACUCUUCCCGGAAUCGUCCAGCUACGCCGACGUCUACGACAAAGCCCACCUCCUCACCGAGCGCACUAUUCUCGCCCACGGCGUACACCUUACCAAAGACGAACGCACCCUCAUCCGGGAACGUAACUCGAAAAUCUCGCACUGCCCAUCAUCAAAUUCCGCCCUCGGCUCCGGUCUCGCCCCAGUCCGUAUUCUCCUCGACGAAGGCCUCACCGUCGGUCUAGGCACAGACGUAAGCGGCGGAUACAGUCCUAGUAUCCUCGAAGCCGCUCGUCAGGCCUGCCUCGUCUCCCGCCUCUUGCAGUAUAGCUCUGAGUACCAGACGAUGACGGGCAACGUGUCCACGAACGGGACGGAGAAGCUCUCCGUCGAGGAGAGUCUUUAUCUUGCUACGCGGGGUGGUGCGGCUGUUGUCGAUAUGGCAGGUGAUAUUGGCGGGUUUGAUAAGGGGAUGAUUUGGGAUGCUCAGUUGAUCGAGUUGGGUUCUGUGCCGAAUAAUACUGUUAGUCCCCUUGCUACAAGGACUGUGGAUACCUCGGGCCCAGUUGGUAAUGUCGAUUUGUUCGGGGGCGAGACUUGGCAGGAACAGAUUCAGAAGUGGAUGUGGAGUGGUGAUGAUCGGAAUGUGAAGAACGUGUGGGUUCAGGGCAAGUUGGUUCAUACUAGGGAUUAA